AUGACAAGAAACGAGAAGGGCGAUAAUACACUACAUGAAAUGUUCUCAAACAGUUUUACUCGCUCUCCUGACGGGUAUAUUGUAGCCCAUGAACUCAAGACUGUUUUUUCAAUAAUGAUUAUCUGCCUUUCUCUAGAGGAGAAGCCUAAGGUGAAUAAUAAUAAGCUAAUAAGUUUAGGGAAAAAGACGUUCCCUUAUACAUUUUCAAUCUCAAGAGCUGUGGAACUUCUUCAAAACUUAGAAUUAGAAGUUGAAAUGAAUUCUACUAACAUUUAUAUUAGCUACUCUAUUAAACCAGAGCUCGGUUAUCGACUAUUAGAUACAUUUAUGGAAGCAAAGUUAUUGCAUACUCCUGCUGAUAAAACAAGAUCCAGACCAAAAGAAGGAAUACUCUUACAACCCACGCCGAAAGGAGUGGCAGUUACUUGUGAAUAUGCUAGAAAGGUAGCUUUAAAAAAACUCCCUCCUAUCUUGACUUCCAAUUUUAAUUCAAUGGAUUUAUUCAAAUUCGAACGGAACAGUGUAGAUGACACAUUAAUUCAAAGUGAAUACUUUAUUAAUCUUCUCUUCUCUAAAGUAAUGGGUCCAAAACCUAAUGUAUGGUCGCCGAAACGUACCGGAGAUAAAGUGCCGAAACUGUCCACGCUUUUGGAGCAAAGAACUUCUGCUUUAUUUUCUUUCGAGAAUGUGUCACUGAAUGAGAUCUUGAAAGGGGUGGAUGCUAAUUCCAAUAAUUUUGGUAACAGUUUAUCACAUAAAUCUGGAAUUUUAGGGACUUCUGAUAUGAUAGACCCUGCCCAACUAGAAGAUGAAACUAGAGAAUCACCUUUUGCUCACAGGUUCUUUUCUAAUCCAGAUUCAGAUUCUCAUACCCAGUAUUAUGUCAGUGAUUGUGGUCUUCGGCUGUUCGAAAACAAAUCAUUCGGCAAAGAAGGCACGGUUAUAGAUUAUUGCUUUACAACAAAGGCUCUAUGGCAAUGGUUGAUGGAAUGUACUGAUAUCAUGAAUCCGAAAGAAGCGGUAUCGGUAGCUGCUUUGUUUUUGAAAUAUGGCCUCAUUACACCAAUUCUCUUACCACCUAGUGAAAAUAGCAAAAAAAAGUUCAUAAUCUCCAAAUCUGCCUAUUAUACCUUUACACAAUCUGGUUGGGAUGUGAUACAGUGGAAAAAGGAUUCUGAACGAGGCAAUCAUCGUCACUUAAACGAAGGUUCAAAGUUGAAUUUAUCUUUAAAUAGCCGCAAUGUCAUCAAAAAAGACGAGCUAUCAUACGCCUGCAAAUCAACAAAAGAAGCAUUAAGCGAUAGCGAAGUGGACCUUGGAGAGAAUUUAUUCCCUUCACCAGCCGCGUAUUCUGAUUCUGGAUCUUCUUCAGGAACUGAAACUGAAAUUUUUGUUUCUAAGGAUUCCAAGUCAUGGACUCUGAAACAAAUACUUGCAGAUCCCGGUAUGAGGUAUCUCUUCAAAAUUCACUUAAGUAAUGAUUUAUGCGUCGAAAAUCUUGAAGUGUAUUAUGAGAUAACCAAAUUCAUGAGACAGAUGUCGGUACUUAGAAAGCUAAUUGAAUGUAAGAACCCUAAAGGAGAGAAAAAAGCAAAUGUUUCGGAUUGGAAGUCUGGGGGAAGUAAAAAAUUGAAGGAUGCUCUUCAUUCAGCUUUACUUAAACAGACUAAUGAAUGUCUGUCCUUGGUCUAUCAAAUAUAUUCUGCAUAUAUUGCACCAGGUGCCCCUUACCAAUUGAAUAUUGAUCACAAUGUGCGAGAGUCAAUAACUUCCAUCAUUUUUAACCCUCGGUCACCAUCCAAAAAGUCAUUUGAUAUCUCAUGUAGAGAAUAUGAACUAGAACAAGGUUCAAAAUCAGAAGAUGUUAAGGAUUCAGUUCAAGCAGGUGUCCAUGCGGCUUGUGGGAAGAAGACAUCAGAUUCAACAAACAAGGUUGAUGUUACCCAGAUGAUCGACGACGCAAUGUAUACUCUAAAAGAAAUAUACCCCCAUUUCGAGAAAGUAAGACGCAGUGUUUACAAAAUGAUGAAAACUGAUUCUCUACCAAAAUUUUUGGUUAGUGAAUCAUAUCUUGAAGCAACGUCUUUACUGUCCUCUACUGAAUAG